UGGUUUGGCCUGGCCACAGGGUUGAAAGUUCAAGAAUCUGAGAAAAAAAAAGGCAGACACGUGCGGCGAUAUCUUGCAACUUAUGCGUUCAGGUUGCCCAUGAGCUGCAGCGAUGUCUGCCAUCUACUCGGGUAUUUAUCUGAAACUGAAGAGUCCACAGACUUCGUGGCAGGACAGGCUGAAGCUGGCUCGGUUCGCCUGGAUCUCCUCUCAGUGUUUGCUGCCCAACAAAGAACAGGUGUUGCUGGACUGGUGCACCCAUGCUCUCACAAACUGGCACAGUAAGAAGUUGGAACUCUCACAGGACGUGUUGGAAGGUUUGUGGUGUUAUWUGGACGACGUGCUUCACAGCCAGAAGCUGCGCUCUUUCCUCAAGCAGGGAAAGACCAUCACUCUGAGGCUCAACAUGGCACAGCUGCUGCUGGACCAACUGCAGGUCGACACACAUGCUCGCUCACAGGUGUGCGUGUCCACCGUAAUGAGCGUGUUGCUCGGCAUUCUCUCUUCUCCCGUGCUUUCGUCCGUUUUCACCACAAAGUACGAGCUGAUGGUUAAUCUGCUGGCCAGGUUCUGCUCGUUGGCCUGCCUCGAGAUACAGAAGUCGCAGGCCGCAGCUCGCCGGAGGACUGGACCRGACGCGCGUCGAAACGAAACGAUGAUGGAGGCCGAACCUGAGAAUCUGCCAGACGAGUCUGUGUUUGAUGAGAACUCCUCCGAGUCCAAGACAACCCGCCCUUCAGCUGUUUUUGAGGCUUUUCUUCAGGUGCUGUCUUGUUACUUGUCGGUGCAGCAACAGCAGGCCAACUCCAACAGAGUGUUUACUUUAGUCACCAACCAGCUCAUCCAGCCAUUAGUGCUGCUCAGAUACCUGCUGACCUCUCAGGAGCUCAGUGCUUCUCACUCACAGCUGCACCUCCGCACGCAGCAGCGCCGGGACAUCCGCGUCAAGAUCGACUCCGUCCUUCACUUGGCUCUCUUCCCCUCGGAGCUCCUGGCCUUAUACAAGGCCGAGCUUAGUCCGCCUAAACGGGAACCUGGGAAACACGGACCUAGAGGCUCGAGGGAGGCUCUGAAGCCAGUUAGUGUUUUAAUUCGCCAACUGAACGCUCAGAAUUACUGCGAGCAGCCUCUUCUUUACUCUCUGAAGUCGGACACGUUGCCUCUGCUGUUUAAGUUCUUUCUGGAAAGCUACGGAAAAGCAAAAGGCGAAGGCGAGGAGGAGCAGAGAAUGUUGUGCUUUUACUUCCUGGUCAGACUGUUUCCAGCUUUAGAUCUUCACCCGGAGCUGCAGGACUCUGCUCCCUCUGUGCAAAAGUCUCCUCCAGCCUGUUCCCCACAGAGCUGGAGCCUGGCUCUGCAGGCUGUAGAGUCUCUGUUCAAUCAGCUGCUGGCAGCAGAUAUUUAUAACGUAGCUGCAGACAGGAUACGACAUGAAGACGUACAGCUAAGGUUUUACAGAGCCUUGGCCCGAAUGCUCCUCAACAAAGCCCAACCAAGCAUACCAGCAUGGUACCGGUGCUUAAAGGUACUUUUGAGUCUCAAUCAUCUGAUUCUUGAACCAGACCUGGACCAGCUGUUGUCCUCUGCUUGGGUAAAUGCUCAAGACCUGGAAGCACAAGUGCAUCGGGCCAGACAGAUCCUGGUCUGCAGUCUGAUCCAGACCUACACAAAGCUCCGUCAGCUGUCUCGUCUCUUCUCUGCCCUCCUGUGUGUGAUCUGUCAGCCAGCUCAGGCUGCCUGUCCACCUCCUCUGCUCUCUGACAGCGUCUCUACAUCCCUCAGGACUUGUCUUCUGCAGAUUCUGCCCUCUCAGGUUCUGGAGAUCUGCUCGUCGGUGUUGAAGAGCAUCGGGACGURUGUUCUGCCUGGCUUACAGCAAAGAGAGGCGACGGAGACCGAUGGAGAGCACAGGGACCAGGAGAGAGACGACGCGUCUCUGAAACUCUGCUGCCUCAGUCAGCUGCUUCAUGUUGUUUUAUUUAGUCUGAAGACUUUAGAUGAUUCCUCUCCUGCUCCCUUGGUGAGGCAGAGCAAAGACUUCAUGGAAGAGAUGCAACAGACGAUCAAGGAGUUAUUAAAUCUGUUGAGUGACAGGACGUCUUUGAAACCAAGCUUAAGCUCAAAUCAAACAACACCAAAGAAAGGCAAAAAGAGUCUGGAUUCCAAAAAGUCUGAGAGAGUUUCACAGUUAAAAACAGUCUGGGAGCAGAAGACACAGGAGGCCAUUCUCCUGCUCAGAUACACCUGGGUGGAAGUGGACACACUCCUCCACACCCACUGCAGCAAAUACUCUUCUGUCGACUCAUUCCUGACAGCCGCCGAGGACGAGGAUCCGUCCGGCUCUCCUCUCCCRGCUCACAUCGAGAGUCUCGUAUCGGGUUCAGUCCUCCCUUCACAUCUGCACCCCUCUCCUUCCCUCAGCCCCACCAGCCGUUUACUGCUCAAACACGUCACUUUGCAGCAGCUGAAAAAGGUUUUGUUGGACCAAGUUUUAGCCGGUGAAAGCGGCACCGCAGCGCUGUUGAAGAGGGCAGCUCAGUUCGUCGUAGCCAGGUCGGAACUGGAGGCGAGGCCGGAUGGAGAUCAGGUUUGGGAYGGCCAGAUCGGCAGCGUAAAUGCCAGCACCUACCCUGUAGCACACUGGCAUCUCGUCGUAUCCAACUUGUCGAUAAUGAUUCCCCACCUGAGUGGAGAAGACGUGGGUCAGAUAGCGCGCACGCUCGUCAGCUCGUUGUUAAAUGAACAGAAGGAGAGGUCCAAACAUCAUCCGCUUGGCGGUCUGACCGUCUCCAUCAUAUCGUCGCAGCUCACUCAGAGCUCGUUUUUUUCAGAGCUGGUGUCAGUUUUCUCCACCACCGUUCAGACCCUCUCACAGAGGAUCAUCAGUGUGCUCAAAGCAGGACACACACCCAAAGGUUGUCCAAAGUUUCUGACCGUCCUCGAGAAAGAAACCCUUGAGAGCAAUCUCAGUCCGCUUAUUCUCUCAGCGGCGACGAAAGAGGCUUUAGUUGAGGACAUUUUAAUGACUUCACAAAAAGAAAAGGUGCACGUUCUGCUGACAGACACGCAAAUCAAGGAGCUGGGGAAGGUGCUGGAAGUCUUAACGAACCUCAAUCCAGAUGGAAUGAACUCCGAGGAUCUUUCCUCUGCCUUCCUCCUCCUCCUCUUCAGCGUCACCUCCACGUCCAGACAGAUGGAUCAGGCGAUCCUCGAGGCUCCUGGAACUGAAGCCGAGCCCGUGUUUUUAGGAACGCUGUUCAGGGCUCUGACCUUUCUCCUCGGAGGUGUCGGUUUUGCGGGUGUUCUGAAGCUCAUACAUGGAGGCGCUCUCCUGCAGACGGUCGUGUCGUCUCUCCUCUGGCACAGCAACCACACAAAGCUUCAAGAAACCUGCACCGGUUGGCUCGAUGCUGUCAAAGAAGCUCAGGUCUUCAUCAGGUCUUUGGUCCAGCUGAUCAUAACCAGAAACAUCCACGUCAAACUCAUCUUAGAACAGUUCGCUUCAUUUUUAACUAAUAAGGAAAUGGCAAGUGUGCUCUCCAGUUCAGAGGUUUCUGUGUCGUCUGUUUAUCUUCUGCUGGCCUCUUUGACUUCGUUUUCCCAGACGAUGACCUCUAACUUUGCGAGAAGCAAAGCCCUGGAUCAAAUUUUAAUUCAAACCCUGGCGAGAACCAGUUCUUUGUUCGGACCGGUUGUUCAGACGGUCCUAAAGCUUCAAGCGGCCCGCAACGCAGCCGUCCAGCCGGCCRGCCUCCCCGGUCAGGCCUUUGUUGUUGAAGCUGUUACAGUCAUGCUGAACUGUGAGAUGGCCCUGAUGUCAGAGAAAACUGAGAGCACCCAGCUUAUCCACACGAGCCUUUAUCAGGUCAUCUGCCGGCAGAUCCUCAGAGAAAUAAGCUCCGCCCCAAGGCCCACAGACUUCCUGCUUUUCUCUCUCCAUUUCCUGUCUGCGUUUUACGAAAGCUUGGAGGUGUCGAGGGUGGAGGAGGCGCAAGGGGAGGAGGUGGAAGAGCUGUAUGUCCAGAUACUGCAGAAUGUUCACAGACUUCUGAAAGCUCCUUGGUUGUCACCAAGUGAUGUUGAGAAACUGGAGCCAGCAGUGCAGGAGCUGUUGCGCCACCUGGUGGAGAAAAAUACCGCCGAUCAGUUCAACGUGCUCCUGCUGCUGAUCACAGAAGGCCUGGAUGUCAGCAAGCUGAGGGCAGGACACUGGAAGGAGGUGAUGUCUGCUGUAAUCCUCGUGAAGCUGCUGUCCACCUGUCACUUACCUGAGACCUGCUCCAGAGCUCUGUGGUUCAUCGCACCUCAGAUCAUUUCUGCUAUGGUGGUCUUGGUCAGAGAGUCCAGUCAGGACGACUCUCUCACCGCCUCUUUCACCGUUCCCACGGUGACAUCGAUGACGUUGUUGUUGCGUCAGGGGGAGGGGCUGAUCAGAAACCCUCAUCACGUGCUUUUGAUUCUCGGAGCGCUCCAGUCGCUGCCUCUCACCCACCUGAGCCCACCUGUGUACCACUCUGUGUUCCUGGCUGUUCACGAGGCGCUGUUCGUUAUCAUCCAGUGCCACCCUCAGGUGUUACCUAAGGCAGCUCCUUCGUUUUUAAAUGUCUUCUAUCGUUUGGUGACCUCGAUCAUCCAGGAGGGUCGGCAGAGAGGCGACACCGACACGGGUCACCCUACGACCUCACGUUAAACAUCAACUGACAGAGGGCAUCUAUUGCAUCUUAGACCUGUGCUGGGAGAACGAUAUCAAGUUUCUGAAGGCCGGGCUGAAUGCCGGGGUCAGAGAGGUGUUCAACGAGCUGUACGGCAGCUACACCCACUACCACAAACCACAGAGACAGGGAGAGGAGAAGUACACCGUCUGAGCCCACUGGACAAACAUAAUGCUGACUUCAGAGGUCAAACAUGUAUAUUUUAGACAUUUUUAAAUGUUUUUGUAAUAUGCACAUAAGAUGGGAUGUACACAAACCAUAAACGGUUGAAUUCAACACAAAACGCUCAGCGUGGGUGCGACUGAGGAAGCAGAAGCUAUUAAUGGUUUUCUCAUGGGACAGAGACCCCAAACUGAUGGAGUCAGCAGCUCAUAGAAAAUAGAUUUUUUUAUCAGCAUUUUUUUAAAAUUAUUGGUCAAAAGAACUGGUUGUUGAAAUAUGUAAGAAUGUACAACAUGUACUUUAAAUUUCAUCUGUUGUCAUUUUAUUUUGCCCACGUUGCCUUUGAACAAUAAUAUUUUAUAUACACUGUUUUCAGGGUGUUUUUGUUUAACAUGCUACUCAUGUUAUUGUUUUGGUCCUUUUAUUAUCCAAGACAAAUAAAUAUAUCAAAUUCAUAA